AUGUUUGUCCUCCACUCUCUCGGCUACCCCUAUUGCGGAGGGGGCGGCGUCGGCUUCCUCACCCGGUCCUGCCCCUUCGCCUUCUCCUCUCUAUUCAGCCCGACGACGACAAAACCCGGCGAUCAGUUGGCGUUGUGCGUCGGCUUUCAAAGCGAGCGAUUCACCCCUUUUAAUUCGUACCGUAUGGCCGUUUUGUCGCGUUUCGUUGCGUUGUAAUCACUCAUCUAAUCAAUAGUUUCAGCAUAAUGGACUUCAUAAUGCCCUCGAGCAGCUCCGAGAACGUUUUCUACAACGACCUGCCACAAAGCCCGUUCAAGAAGACCCUCAACUUCUGUAAGGACACAGAGACACCUUCGAAUGAUGACUUCGUCGACCGACUUCUGAAGGAUAUCAGCCGAAAACAGUGCGAGAAAUGGGGGUUCGACUUUGAACUGGAUCAGCCCAUGCCAUCUUCGUCAAACUCUCGCUUCGAAUGGACGGUGGUGAAGAACGAGGACGUGCCUUUCUUCUACAGAUCCGUGGAGAUCAUCGAAGAAACGGAUUCAGAGAACCGUGAUCCCAUGUACAAGAAGAAGGCCGUGCCCUACUCAGUGUGCCAGAAGAAGCGACGGCCAGCAGGAUUGAUAACACCACGAAAACAGCCUUCAAUUACUGGUAAGUUAAUCAAACUAAUAAUAAAGACAUGUUAAUCAGCUUUUUUCGAUAUUUUAAUUAUUUUUCAAUUUAAAUUAGCAUUUGGACGACUUAAUUUGAAAAUUUUUUGUUUUUUUUGUGAAUACAGUUGUUAAUGGAAUCCAUCCUUUUUCAGAAUUCAUCAGUCGACGAAAGCACACGAAGCAGGCCUCCCCCAUCUCGAAGCCGUUGAAGCCUCUGAAUCAACGGUCAGUCCGUCGCUUUUCGCUUCAGCCCUAG